UUAUUCAAAAAACUACUAACUCCCCAACUGACCCCCGUUUUCUUUUUCUUUCUCUCUCUCACGAAAUCCUGAAAAUAGCACUACUCCCAUUAGUCUUUGCCGUGCCAUGUCCUCUUUCUCCACCUCCAGCCACCACCUCAACAACCACCUCUAGCCACCACUUUUAACAUCAAAACAACCCAUUUGAUCACUUCAUCAAUAUGGGUAACUGUAACACUUGCAUAAGACCAGAAGAAGCAUCCAAAACCAAUCGUCAAACAACACAACCUAAGAAACUAAGAGAACGUAGACCAAACCCAUACUCAGGUUCACCUGCCCCGAUCCGUGUACUCAAAGACUUCUUCCCUAAAACACGAAUAUCCGAUAAAUAUAUUCUAGGACGUGAACUUGGUCGGGGUGAAUUUGGAGUCACCUAUCUUUGUACAGACAGGGAAACACGUGAAGCUCUAGCAUGCAAAUCCAUUUCCAAGAAGAAGCUAAGAACAGCUGUUGAUAUCGAAGAUGUUAGAAGAGAAGUUGCUAUUAUGUCAAGUUUGCCUGAUCACUCUAAUAUUGUUAAGUUGAGAGCUACUUAUGAAGAUAAUGAAGCUGUGCAUCUUGUUAUGGAGUUGUGUGAAGGUGGAGAGUUGUUUGAUAGAAUUGUAGCUAGAGGGCAUUAUAGUGAAAGAGCUGCAGCUGGGGUUGCUAGAACUGUAGCUGAGGUUGUAAGGAUGUGUCAUGCUAAUGGUGUUAUGCAUAGGGAUUUGAAACCUGAGAAUUUUCUGUUUGCUAAUAAGAAAGAACACUCUGCUCUUAAGGCCAUUGAUUUUGGCCUAUCUGUGUUUUUCAAGCCUGGGGAAAGAUUCUCUGAGAUUGUGGGAAGUCCAUACUACAUGGCACCAGAGGUGUUGAAGCGGAAUUAUGGACCAGAGGUUGAUAUUUGGAGUGCUGGUGUCAUCCUUUAUAUUUUGUUAUGCGGGGUUCCUCCAUUUUGGGCUGAAACUGAACAAGGGGUUGCUCUUGCAAUUUUGAGAGGAGUGAUUGAUUUUAAAAGGGAACCAUGGCCUCAAGUUUCUGAUAAGGCAAAAAAUCUUGUAAGACAGAUGCUGGAACCAGACCCCAAGAAGCGGUUGACAGCCCAACAGGUCCUUGAUCACCCCUGGAUACAAAAUGCAAAAAAAGCUUCAAAUGUUCCACUGGGAGAUAUUGUUAGGACCAGACUGAAGCAAUUUUCUAUCAUGAACAGAUUCAAAAAGAGAGCAUUGCGGGUCAUUGCCGAACACUUAAAACUUGAAGAGAUUGAAGUAAUCAGAGAGAUGUUUGCAUUGAUGGACUCUGAUGGUGAUGGGAAAAUAACAUAUGAUGAACUAAAGACCGGACUUAGAAAAGUCGGUUCCCAGUUGGCAGAAGCAGAGAUGAAGUUGCUGAUGGAUGUGGCUGAUGUUGAUGGAAAUGGAGUUCUGGACUAUGGGGAGUUUGUAGCAGUUAUAAUCCACUUACAGAGAAUGGAAAAUGAUGAGCAUUUUCGUAGAGCAUUUAUGUUCUUUGACAAGGAUGGAAGUGGUUAUAUUGAGCUUGAUGAGCUACGAGAAGCUUUAGCAGAUGAAUCAGGAGCAUGCGACACUGAUGUACUGAAUGAGAUCAUGCGCGAAGUUGAUACGGACAAGGAUGGGCAAAUCAGUUAUGAGGAGUUUGUAGCAAUGAUGAAGGCAGGAACUGAUUGGAGAAAGGCAUCUCGUCAAUACUCAAGAGAAAGAUUCAAAAGCUUAAGUGUUAAUCUAAUGAAGGAUGGGUCUCUACAGCUUCAGGAUGUGCUCAGUGGCCAAACAGUCGUUGUUUAAGUUAAAAAGGCUUCAGUUACUAUUCUAAUGAUUUCCAUUGGUUGUUUUAAUGGGUUUGGAUCAUAGCAAAUCAAAGCAAAUCUGAUCAUCGAUAUUCCAAUUCUUGGAAAAUAUUGAUAUUCAGAAGAUCAGAUCUUUGAGAGUGCGAUUCGGAGUAUUAUGUGGGUACGCUUGGGUUGUACUGCUGGGACUUUUUUCUUGGAUAUAUGGGAAAUGAAGAAGGGUUUGAAGUUGGGUGGAUGACAUGUAGAUUAAUGCUUUGUUUUAAGGCUUUUGUAGGGUUUUUUUUUUUUUUUUUUUAACAGAAGUUUUACAUAUUUGUCCCACUUUUGUAUAUGUGUUGCAAACUUACAAUUGCUUUUAAGUAAAGAUUUGUAUUUAUGAUUUCCUGAGACUGCACAGGCUGCAUAUAAACUCUUACUGCACAUGUCCUGCCUCCGAAUGAAUGAAAAUUUCCUUUGAGUUUGUGUUUUGCA